CUGUGAUGAAUAUGAAAUGUGACCUGUGAGCCGCUGCUCGUGUUUCGUUGUGUUUUUAGCUUCUGUUGACUAGCCUAGCCUAGCCUAGCCUAGCUUAGCUAAUGUUAGCUAAUAUUUAAUGGAUGCUACAUGGGCUUUCCGCGACAACCAACACACACGACGGGGGAAACAUUUUGUUCGGCAUCGUUGUUCAGCUGUCAAAGAUGGUGCAGAAGGACGCGGAGCAGGAGAGCGAGAUGAGGGCCGAGGUCCAGGACAUGAAGAAGGAGCAGGCCUCCAUCAGCAUGAUGGAUGAGUUUGCUCGAUACGCCAGGCUGGAGCGCAAAAUCAACAAGAUGACAGACAAGCUGAAGACACACGUGAAAUCCAGAACGGCACAACAAGCCAAAAUGAAAUGGGUCGUGAACAUCGUCUUCUACAUCCUGCAGGCUGCCCUGAUGAUCUCCUUGAUAUGGAAGUAUUACUCCGAUCCGGUGACGGUGGUCCCCAGUCGGUGGAUCGCCCCCGUGGAGCGUCUCGUGGCCUUCCCCACCGGAGUGGCAGGCGGAGUGGGAAUCACGUGCUGGUUGGUGGUUUGCAACAAAGUGGUGACACUCGGCCUCCAUGCCGUCAGCUAGAGAUUAAAACUGCGAUCGCUCACAUUAAACACAUUGUUUUCUUUAA